AAGGGGGCGAUGGAAUAUACUAUUGUGGUAGCCGAAACGGCGGAUUCACCUGCUACAUUACAAUACCUCGCUCCUUAUACGGGAGCGGCUCUGGCUGAGUUUUUUAUGUAUCGUGGACAACAUACUUUAAUAAUUUAUGAUGAUCUCUCCAAACAGGCACAAGCUUAUCGCCAAAUGUCUCUUCUAUUAAGAAGACCUCCCGGUCGUGAAGCUUAUCCAGGAGAUGUUUUUUAUUUGCAUUCACGACUUUUGGAAAGAGCCGCUAAAUCAAAUUCUAGUUUAGGUGAAGGAAGUAUGACCGCUUUACCGAUAGUUGAGACUCAAUCUGGAGACGUUUCAGCUUAUAUUCCUACUAAUGUAAUUUCCAUUACAGAUGGACAAAUAUUCUUAUCUGCCGAUCUAUUCAAUGCUGGAAUCCGACCUGCUAUUAAUGUGGGUAUUUCCGUUUCCAGAGUAGGAUCCGCAGCUCAAAUUAAAGCCAUGAAACAAGUAGCCGGCAAAUCAAAAUUGGAACUAGCGCAAUUCACAGAGUUAGAAGCCUUUGCACAAUUCGCUUCUGAUCUCGAUAAAGCUACUCAGAAUCAAUUGGCAAGAGGUCAACGAUUACGCGAGUUGCUUAAACAAUCCCAAUCAGACCCUCUCGCAGUGGAAGAACAGAUAGCUACUAUUUAUACCGGAGCGAAUGGAUAUCUUGAUCCGCUAGAAAUUGGACAGGUAAAGAAAUUUCUCAGUCAGUUACGUAGCUACUUAAAAAACAAUAAACCUAAAUUUCAAGAAAUUAUAUCUUCUACCAAGACAUUCACCGAGGAAGUAGAAUUUCUUUUGAAGGAAGCUAUUCAAGAACAGAUCGAACUGUUUUUACUUCAGGAACAAACAUAAAUUUCUUACUUUUAUUCUAUUCUUGGUAUAUUCUAUUCUUAGUACAAGAGUAAUCAUUGAGAAAUAGUUCUGAUUCGAAUGAUUCAAAAAGGGUUUCUUAGUAUAGCCAUUUUUAAAAAGUAUAGCCAUUUUAAAAAUAGAUGGAAAUAAAUUGCGUCCAAUAGGAUUUGAACCUAUACCAAAGGUUUAGAAGACCUCUGUCCUAUCCAUUAGACAAUGGACGCUUUUCAUUCCUAUUUUAUUUUUUUGUAUUCUUACUUUCUUUUGUUCGGAUAAAAAAUCAAAUUACACGGAAAAUAUUUUAGGGAAUAAAAAAGAAUGCAUAUCUAAAUUGAUGGUGCAUGUAUGUAUAAUACAUAAUAAGAUGUAUAAUACAUAACAUAAUAAGAUGUAUAAUACAUAAUAAGAAAUAUGGAGCGGGUAGCGGGAAUCGAACCCGCAUCGUUAGCUUGGAAGGCUAGGGGUUAUAGUCGACGUUGCUUGAUCACUUUUAACGUCUCUAAUUCAAAACCGAACGUGAAAUUUUGAUUUCAUUCGGCUCCUUUAUGGAAGAUUGAUGUAUUCCUAGAGAAAAUUAGAUCCAUAACAUCUAUGUCAGCCUUUCUGUCUGAAUGUAUCCCAAACUACUCGCUUACUAGAUGAUCCCUCUAGAGGAGAGGGAUUAUACCAAAUCCGUCUAGUCUAGUUACUUCGUUCCCUAUUUCCACUCGCAGGAUCCCGAGGAAAAGAAUUUGGUUUCCACCGAGCUGAAACAAUAUGCUGAUGGUUCUAGUAAACCAAAACCACCCUUUUCUAGCUUGUUUGGCUUCAAUUUCCCUUUUACAACACCAAAAUUUAAGAUCUAGUUACGAUUGGAAAUAAACUUUUGUAUCUUCAUCCAUAGAUCCUUUAUUCAUACUCAUUCGAUUGGAAGAAUUGAUCCAAUUCAAAAAAAAUUAUGUUUCACGACUCCAUAUACAUAAUCCAAUUUUCUUAUUCAAUUUCGAAAAUAGAAUUUCUAAUUGGACUUUGGAUACAAAUCGUGAGAAUGUAUGUUCUUCCUCAAAUAUGCUAUUGAGAGGUAAAGGAUUAAACCCUUUUAAGAAAUAAAGUUUUUGAUCGGAGUAUGCAAAAAACCGAGAGACCCCUUAACUUUUUAAGUUGUUAAUAGAACGAAUCACACUUUUACCACUAAACUAUACCCGCUACAUAUA